AUGAACAUAUUUUACGCUAUACAAGCGUCUGUUCUAGCUUUAUGCAGUGCCCAAACACUUCAUAUAUUCUUGCUCCCUUCGCUGCUUGUUCUGUCAAACAUAAGUGGGGGCGUCAAAGCAGAGAUCAGUCGGCUGGCAAACUCUUGCCCGGGAACCAUUAAUAAUUAUACAGAAGCAAGCAAAUUUCAGUCAAAUCUUAAUCGCUUGCUGAGUAUUAUUAUUUUGUUUCGCAUUAUUAGUAACGACUAUACAGAAGGAAGCAAAUUUCAGUUUAAUCUUGGCCGUUUGUUAUACAGAUCACUAUACAAUAAUGGUGGCAAUUCCAUCUAUGCAAAUCGCAGUGAAGGAGAAGACCCUGAUAAAGUUCAUGGAGUAUUCCUUUGUAGAGGAGACGUUGCACCUGAAGUUUGCCAAAGAUGUAUAGACGUGGCAACUGAGCGGAUAUUGCGCGAAUGUCCUCACACGAGAGAUGCAAUCAUAUGGUAUGAUGAGUGUUUGAUCCGCUAUUCUAAUGUAUCUUUCGUCUCCGCCCUGGACUACUCAGGUGGUAGCUUUUUGUAUAACGCAGGAAACGUUUCGCGGCCAAAACAAUUUAAGCGGAUUUUGGGUUCAAUGUUUGAUAACCUUACCUUUCAAGCUACUUCAGUCAAUCCCAACCUUAAAUAUGCUGCAAAUUCUGAUGAAUUUGAAUCGUUUCAGACGUUGUAUGGCAUGGUGCAGUGUCUACCUGAUUUGUCAGCUGUAGAUUGCCGCGCUUGCCUUAGUACUGCUCUUUCUGCAAUCGGUACUCUACUCUCUGACGCCAGAGUACCACGCGGAUGCAGGGUUCUAUAUGCAAGCUGCAAUUUAAGGUAUGAGCUAUAUCAGUUCUUAAAUCCUGGUGGACGGCGUCCGGGAGCGCCACAGCCAUCGACCAGCCAGGGUAACGAGAAUAAAGGUGGAAAUACCUCGAAGACAAAGCUUAUUAGUAUCAUCAUUGGUGUUAUAGCACUGUUGGCUGUUGUACUAGCAGGAACUAGUUUUUACCUUGUGAAAAGAAGACGACGAAUAGCUAAAGAUGGGGACGGAAGUAGUCAAGAAACUCAAUUGCUCAACAUGAUAGAAGAAACACUUGCUGAAGACUUUUCGAAUGAUGAUUUUCGCUCAGAAGCGAGGUCCAUAGAGUUUCCAGUUGUAAAACUAGACCUCAUUAGAGCAGCUACAGAAAAUUUUUCUGAAGAACACAAACUCGGAGAAGGUGGAUUUGGUCCAAUGUACAAGGGAACACUAGCCAAUGGCAUAGCAAUUGCGAUCAAGAGGCUCUCCAGAACAUCUGGUCAAGGGCUGAAAGAGUUCAAGAAUGAAGUCGUCUUAAUCGCCAAAUUACAGCACAGAAAUCUCGUGAGGCUCUUGGGUUGCUGCAUAGAGAGAAAUGAAGCAUUGCUUAUCUAUGAGUUCAUGCCCAACAAAAGCUUGGACUUCUUCCUCUUCGAUUCAAGAGAAAGCGAGAUUCUGGAUUGGAGACAGCGUCUCCACAUUAUCAAGGGAAUAGCCAGGGGUGUUCUUUAUCUGCACGAGGAUUCUCGACUGAGAAUCAUUCAUAGGGACCUAAAAGCUAGCAACGUUUUACUGGACAAAGAUAUGAACCCGAAGAUAUCAGACUUUGGAAUGGCAAAGAUGUUUAGCGGAAAUCAAUGUGAAGCCAAUACAAAUAGAGUUGUUGGAACCUAUGGAUAUAUGGCCCCUGAGUAUGCAAUGGAAGGACUCUUUUCUACUAAAUCAGACGUUUUCAGCUUUGGAGUUCUGGUGCUUGAGAUAAUAAGUGGGAGGAAGAACACUGGCUAUAUUUCCGAACAUGGGCAGAGCCUCCUUAAUUUUGCAUGGAAAUUGUGGUGGGAAGGGCAAGGAUUAGAGCUUAUGUACCCUCGCUUAUCGCAGUCCUGUGUGGCAGCUGAGAUAAUAAAAUGCAUCCAUAUCGGGUUGCUCUGCGUUCAACAAGAUCCAGCAGAUAGACCUACCAUGUCCGCUGUAGUUUUUAUGCUGGAAAAUGACCCUCAAACGCUUCCACAACCAUCGCAGCCUGCAUUUUCUAUUGGGCGAAUUGUCGUGAGAUCAGCUGAGCCUCGAUCUAAUAAUCAAUUGUGCUCCAAUAACGAGGUCACUUUGUCAAUUCUAUCACCCAGAUAAUGUUUGAAUCUAUUGCUGUAGUAAGUAUUCUGACUAUAGUAUAGACUGUCAAUUCUUCCACAAGGACUUGUUCCAUUCACAGUAAGUUGAUGCAGAGAUUAUCAUACAGAACUUACAAUUCCAAGAUAUAUAAUUACCGUAUUAUUAAGUGCAUGUACAUUUCCUCGUGGAUGUUUUGGUUCAUACUACUAAGAAGGGAUAUACGUAUGUAUA